CUCAUAGCACCUCCUCCAUGGCAUCUUUCCUUCACAUCAUCAUCAGGGUCGAUUUGUUCUUUUAAUCAUAUUCCAAGAUCCUAGGUCCCAGGAAGGUCCCGACCUUUUUAAGUUUGAAGAUUCGCAUAGGCAAAGCGGAGUUGCCACCUGUUCGGUGAAAUGUCUUAGUUACUAAUGUGAACAAAACUCUAAAGGUAGGGAUCAAGGACUGGAUGAGGAACAGCCUCGAGGACACCAUGGAUACUCUCGAGGCUGCCAACAAAGUCCUCUCAAGAAUUCAAAGCCUCGACCCGCAAAAUGCUUCCAAGAUUAUGGGUUUCAUUCUGAUUCAGGAUCACGGCGACAAGGAUAUCAUCAGAUUAGCUCAUGGCCCGGACGCUCUUCUUCUGUCCCUCAUCACUGAAGCCAAAGCUUUCUUGGGACUUUCGUCGAACACUUCGUCUUCAGAUUCGUCGCCUUCUCCUUCCUCCGCUACUUUAGGCCCAUUUUCCCCAAGGAUCACGCUUCCCCAAAACGGGUUUCGUUUCCCGAGAAGCCCCGUUCCCGGGCUCCCGGGUUCUUCGGGUCCUCUUUCGUUUUGUGGCGGCGUGCAGUCCACUGGUCACCGCCAUUCUCUGGGGUUUCUUCCUUCUUCCGACACAAACCGCUUAAAGCACCAGCCCCGAAAUCAGAAUGAGGUUUUCAAUCGCAAGUUUCUGCAUGGUGCUUCGACUGCAUCCGUUGAUUUGCCUGCCAAAGUUGAUUCUUUGGAUGACUUUCUUCGCCUAAAAGCCCUUCAGCGGCAGAGGUUAUCCACUGCUCUUAUGGCUUCUAGUGGUCGUCACCCCCUUCUCACUUACAAUGACUGUAUGAGCAAUUUGAACGAGAACCCAAGUUUGUCACAUGUGGGAAUUGGUCUUUCUGGAGGCCAAUCUGAUGGGCACCCGAAUCCGAGCUCUUGCCAGAUUUACUUGACAUUUCCUGCUGAUAGCACAUUUAGUGAAGAUGAUGUUUCUAACUACUUUAGUCUUUAUGGGCCGGUGCAAGAUGUUAGAAUUCCAUACCAGCAGAAGCGCAUGUUCGGUUUUGUCACAUUUGUCUACCCGGAUACUGUGAAGCUCAUCUUGGCCAAAGGAAACCCUCAUUUCGUGUGUGAUUCUCGUGUGCUUGUUAAACCUUACAAGGAAAUGGGAAAAGUCCCGGACAAGAAUAGGAAGCAAAAACAGAACCAUAUGGACGUAGCAAAGUUACCGUCUUGUUUGGGCCCAUCCAGUCGCGAUUCCAGUGAGCCCCUUGACAUUCCAUUCGGACCAAGAAUGUUUCAUAGGUCAAAGGAGGCUACACUCAGAAGAAUGUUAGAGCAGGAAGCUCAUUUGCAGAGAGCCAUCCAGUUACAUAGUAGAAGGUUAAUGGAUUUGCAACUUAUGGAUGAGAAGAAUAAAAACAAAGGUGAUUGUGAUGAGUUCCAGGCUGGCUCUUCGCCCAUCAUUCCACUCCCUCAAUCACCAAACCAUCCUAAUUUCACUCGUAAAGUUACAGCAAAAAAUAAUGAUAGCCAGGCAGCAAGUAAAGAAGAGAUCAAUAGUGGUGAUGAAAAUAGUGGUGGCCAUAAACAACAUAGUAUCCCUGAUAGCUCUGAUUCUCAUAAAAGAGGCUUGGAGAACAUCCUUCCUGAUCAGUUUUCUGCUUCUCAUGGUGCUGAAAACCUACCCUCUUCAACAGAAGCUGAUGAUGAUAGUUCCUCAACUAAACCACUAUCCAAAAAUACCCCUACACUUCCUGGCACUUCUACCACCCUCAUGUUGCAUGAAGAUUCCAAGGUCAUCUACUGAUCAAGAAGAAACCCUUGAAGUGUAGUUAUGCUUGAGUUGACCUCUGGUUAGCAUGUUACCAAAUUUUGAAUGUUUGAAUGCUAGGCCAAAAAGACCAGAAGAGGUGAUUCGUAAGGAAGAUCUAAUAAGGAUCAAACAAGACAUCUUAUUAUACCCAUACGGCAUACCUGGUGCUAUUAUGUAUAGGACAAUUGACUUUUGUUACUUAGGGGGUGUAUUCA